CCUAACUACAAGCAUACACUCUACACUAAAAAGAUACCUUAAGCGUGGUCGCCAUUUUCAGGCUUCGAAUUUCCACUCCACUCAGCUGGCAUAUCCAUGGAUUAAAACUGUGGAUCUGCAAACACAUUUUUGCAGUCCUCCAUGGGAAAGUUGAGCAUAUCCCGUAAUUGAUUUUCAUUUUAAACGGCAUCCACUAUGAAUUCUGACCCAGAGGAUUUGAAAAAAAUCCAGGAUUCUACAGAGGAUGCAGAAAUCAAAAUGGAAAUGAAUGGUGAUGUGACUACCCCACAGGAAAAUGGAAAACAUCAGACUGUUGUGGUAGAUGGCUCCUCGCUGGUGGAUGAAGAAGUUGCUAGCAUAUCUAAAAGUGGAGCAUCUUGUGAAGAUUCCUUGUCUGUGAUUGAAGCCAAAACGGGAGAAAAAUUCCUAGUUGGCCAGAAAAAGGAACUCCCCAGCGAAAAUGUUGAAUUGGAAGAACCAAAACGAAAAGAGAAGAUGGAGGAAACAAUGGCUGAUGUGAACGGGCAAAGUAAAGCCCCGUCAGCCAUUAGUAAAGAUGGGAAGCCUCCUGUGCAAAGGAGGAUGUCCCUAAGACAGAGGGCUGCACCAAAGAAAUAUUCUGAAGCAGACGGCAGCAGUGAUGAUGACACAAAAGAUCAAUCAGCUUCUGUGAAAGACCCUUUGGAGAUUCCCCUAGGAAAAAAUUCAUCAACAGUACUCAUUAGGAAAUCACCUAUUGCAACAGUGGUAGUGAAAUCCCCACCAAAGCCUCUCUCUCCUGUCAAAAUAACUAAAGUGACAAGACCACCACCAGAACUUAUCAAAGCUCCAAUUUUGUCAAAAAUUUCCAUUUCUUCAGCUACAAGUGUGACCAUGGUACCACGUUCUAAAGAAAACAAUUCCAAUAAUUCUGGAUUUGUUGUUGUUGACACACAAUCCAUUUUAAAGGGUAAAAAUGCUGCAACUGUCAGCAGUGUCCCAGCAUCUGUGACAGUUUCUGCUGUACCUCCUCUCCCCAAAUCAAUGCCCAAACCUACUCUACCGCCUACUACUUCGAGUGCAAAUCGAAAGAGCAUCACCUCAUCGAAUUCCAACUCAACCAGUCUUCCAGAUCCAUUUGAAUCACUUGGUUUAGCAGAUGACUCUUUCAUUGUCGAAGCGCCGUCGUUUGUCGUUCCGUACCUGAUUGAGAAAUCAGCCUCUCAGAAUUUGAAAAAAACAGUUCAAUCGAUGGAUCCGUUUCCUACGUCGGAAAAGAAAGAAGACGUUAUAGUUUUAAGCGAAGAAGAUUCGAAUGACUCAGGAAAGAAAGAAACAGAUGAUGUCAAAUCCACUAGUGCAACUACUAUAACGGGAGGAUCUGCGCUCGAUAAGUCGUCAAUGAAGUCGGAAAUGGAGAAAUCAUUGACCAAAUCAGAUACGAACAAAGAAGAAGACAACUACUUUACCGGUCCUAUUGGGCGCUUUUUUCUCGAUAUUGGAUUAUCGUUGGUUCAAGAGUACGUCCAGGGAGAUCUCCUCCGAGUUCAGAAGAGAAAAGUCCAUAAAGGAACAAAGAUCACCGAUCCCAGUUUGUCCAUAAACGCCUUGACCAAAGGGCUUGACGUUACUCGUGCAAAAAAUGACCCUUUCCGGUUGCCUUGGCGUUCGUGUGACCGUUGCAACUUCAAAAGCGAGUCGUCAUUAAUGAUGGCUCAUCAUUGGAGCCUUCCGUUAGCCCUUGGAUCUGGACCAUCCUCCCGCCAUGGAUGUCAUUGGUGCUCGUUCGAAGCUAAGGAGUCGCACUUGGUAUCAGCGCACAUCGAGACUGAUCAUAGGAUGAAAUCGCGGACAGGACCUGAUCUACCUUUGCACCAAUGUCCACUUUGCCCAUUCGAAGAUAACGUCAAGUCCAAAGUAACACGACACAUGAUGAGUUGCCAGAAGCGAUUCGUUGCUGACCGCAAUCUAGAGCCACCGCUAGACUGGGAACCACCAGCUAAGAUACCAAGAAUGCCAGCUCGAGGUAUGCGGACCUUUGCUCCUGGUAUGAAUAACGUAGUAGGGUUGCAUGGUUACUCUCUUGCGUCGACCAAAGGACUUGGUCUGCCUUACCACCCAUUAUUACCCAAAUCGGCCUUGAUAAAUACUCUGGGAUACAACAGUGUCUUACCGUCAGCAGGGACCGGUCAAAAUCAUUACUUGGGUAAUAUGCCACCAGCAGUCCAAGGCAAGGGCAGCAAAACAGGAAGCCCUUCCCAGUCAGCACUGGCUGGUUUGCGUCUCCCGGCAGAAUUGCAUGUUGUAUCGGGUGCGGCUCCACGCGUUGCAGGAACACCUUCGGGAUCAGCGUCUCAAGCUAAGGUUAGAGACGGUCGUCAGCAAGUCCCAAAUCAAUCGUCUUCUUAUUUAAAUCCUGCCUCUUAUGGUGUUCCCAACAAUCAGAUUUAUCAGGCGAUUGCCAAGUCUUUCCAACUGUUGCAAGGACACGGAUCUUCAAUGUCCGUCUUACCAUCAACUGUUUCCAAGAACCAAUCGCCAGGUGCUAGUGCACUUGAAAAGCUGAAGAAAGCGUCCAACACCAAUUCUAUUAGUUUAUUGCCCGGCUUAGUUAACACGAGUGGUUUGACAAUUCAAAGCUCAAGCACACCUACGGCCAAUAAGACAAAGACUAACCAGCAACCAAGUAUCUCCAUCACCCCCCUGCCACGAUCGAGCACAUCAACAAUAACAAACAAACCCUCUCUUUCCGUAAGUCCUGUCACUCCUGCGGCCACCAACACAACUGCUGCAGUUGGGAAUAAUACUUCGACGGCGAAAGCUGGACAACCGGCAACUCCCGGCCAAAAGGGGGGAGUAGUCUGUGAAAUAUGCGACGGUACUAUUAAGGAUUUGGAACAGUUACGCCAUCAUAUGCAGUGGAUUCAUAAAGUGAAAAUUCAUCCCAAAAUGAUUCACAAUCGACCACCAUUGAACUGUCAAAAAUGCCAGUGCCGUUUUUUUACCGACCAAGGACUUGAGAGACAUUUGUUAGGAUCCCACGGGUUGGUAACGUCUUCUAUGCAAGAAGCGGCCAACCGCGGCCAAGAUGGUGGCCGUUGUCCUAUCUGUGGAAAGGUUCACCAGUGGAAACUGCUUAGCCACGUUGUGAAGGACCAUGGCCUCAGUUUGAAACCGGCGCAUCUUUCGUACAAGUGUACGGUCUGCACAGCCACAUUCACCAUGUACAAACUCUUUGAGAACCAUGUCUAUACAGCCCAUUCGGUGGUAGCUAGGAAAGUUCUCGACAAAGAAAAGGUAGACACGAAAAAAGGAAUUUCGGGCUCGACCAAUACCAGCACAACUGGGGCCUUGAGAAUCAACGACGAGAUCACCAUCAUACCACAAACAACUCGUCACGACUCAUCCGAUCAGAAUGUGUGCCGUCCCUCAAGGGGCGAAAAAAGGAGUCGAGUCGACGUCAUUGAUUUAUCUGAUGACGAAGACAAUAAAGAUGGAUUGACUCUUCCCAAAUCCCAAGUGACGAUUACGAAAGUGCCCGCCCCUAAAGGCUAUCUUAACAAAAAUAGUAGGGAGUCCAUGUCCAAGCGCAGCAGGACGGACGACAACGAUACCGAGUGAAUUGUUUAGGGGGAGCUUUCGUUGCAAAUGUGCUCCCUACCAUUUUUCC